AUGGCUCAUCAACAUCAGCACCGCUUUGACGAUGCUUCAUCCGUAUCGAGCUACUCGUCCGGUAGCUCUUCCCGGUCGUCCUCUCGAUCAUCCUCAAGCUCGGGAGGUUCCAAGAAGUCCAGAUCGUCUCAGAUAUCUCACUCCAACAUCAAAAGCGACCAUUGGUCCGUCUCGUUUAUGAAAUGGACCACGGGCGCACCCCCGGGCAAGCAACUGGCCCUGCGAAAGACCAAAGUCUGCGACUACGAAGAGGACUGGGACUACGACGACGGCACCAGCGUAUACAGCGACGCAUCCUACAUUUCGUACGCUUGGGUCAGUCCGAAAUGGGACGAUAGCAUUUCCGAGAUCGCCUCCCGCUCCGGUAGCCGGACGAGUGGCCGGCUCCGCAGAGAGCAGCGGGGAUCGAGCCGGCACCGGUUUACCGUGCCGCCAUCUACGUUCCAGCCCCCUCCUCCUCCGUUCAACCACCCGCCGCCUCCGCCUCCGCCGAAUACGGUUCCGGGACCCGGAUUUCCCAUGUACGAUGAGGAACCCGCCUUCUUCGACAUGAACCCCGGGUUUCACCCACCUCCCCCGCCGCCCCCGGCAGCUUUCGGCGGCGGCGACGCUCCUGCCUUUGUGGAUCUCAACGCCGGAGGUGGCGGUGGCGGUGGUAACUUCCCUGGCAAAUACGCUGAUUGGGAUGAUUGA